AUGCUUGUCCAGGAGGUUUGGAAGACGUUAUCGAUUGAGGGGGUUGUGGUGGGGGUGUCUGCUUUGCUGGGUGUGUUGUCUUUUGCAUAUGUCAUCUACAACCGCUUUUUGCAUCCUCUUCGGAGAUUUAACGGUCCCGUGCUUGCGUCGAUAACCCCCUGGGUGCAGUUGUAUCAUGGCCUGAAGGGGGACCGGCAUCUAUGGCUUCACAAUCUGCAUCAGCAGUAUGGGUCGCAUGUCCGUGUUGCGCCGAAUUUUGUCUCCAUCAACUCCGCGCAGGGCCUGCAUGAUAUCUAUGGCCAUGGGAAGAGACUGAAGAAGGCCAAUUUCUACAAUGGCUUCACUGCCAUCAAGGGCGUGUAUAACACGCACAAUGCGAUUGACAAGACGGUCCAUGGUCGGAAGAGGCGGGUGCUGAGCCAGGCUUUCUCCGAUCAGGCUCUCAAGAGUAUGGAGGAUGUCAUGCUGCUGCAUGUUCGACAGCUUUGCACGGCUUUGGCAGAGCAGCAGACGGACAGUAACAAGGCUGAGGCACAGAAGACCACCGUCCAGAAUAUGGGCAAUUGGUUCAGUUACCUCACGUACGAUGUCAUGGGUGAACUUUGUUUCGGGAAGAGUUUCGAUAUGUUGAUUUCCAGCGGCCGCAGGAAGAUGAUCCAGCUUGUCGAUCGCGCGGCUAACCGUCACUAUGUGUGCGGUCUCUGGAUGCCCCUUGAUACCUGGCACUUGGACCAAAUCGUCAUUCACAGACUGACCAACGACCGAUGGAACUUCAUCAUGAACUCGCGCGUAGAGGCCAACAAGCGGGCCCAGGAGCGUACACAGGCAGGCCACGACUCCAAGAAAGACUUCUUCUACUACCUGCUCAACGCCAAAGACCCCGAGACCGGCAAGGGUCUCACGACGCCCGAGCUCUGGGGCGAAGCCAACGUGCUCAUGAUCGCAGGCAGCGACACUACCUCCACCACGCUCGCGGCAACCAUCUUCUACCUGGUCCGCAACCCGCGCGCCAUGGAGUUCCUGAAAAAGGAAGUCCGUGAGGCCUUCACCUCAGUCGAGGAGAUCGUCACCGGCGGCAAAUUGAAUGAGCUCGUCUACCUCAAAGCCUGCAUUGAUGAAGCGCUGCGCUUGGCACCUGCCGUUCCGGGGGCCAUUCCGCGCGAGGUGAUGGAGGGCGGCGCCGUCGUGGACGGGGCCUUUUUACCCGCCGGCACGGACUGUGGGACCCCGACUUACUCCAUCCACCGCCAGCCCCAGUACUACCGCGAACCUGAGGCGUAUUUGCCCGAGAGAUGGAUUGAGGGCGCGACGUGCGUAACCGCCGAUGAUAAGUGGGAGAGCAGCAAGGAUGCUGUUGAGACUGCGCGGAGAGCAUUCUGCCCGUUCAGUAUUGGACCCCGCGGAUGCAUUGGCAAGGGCAUGGCAUUCAUGGAAAUGCGACUGACCAUCGCGCGGUUGAUGUUCCUGUUCGACAUGGAGUUGGCCGAUCGACAGGGAGAGGACGAGAAAGGCCAUCUGGCUCUGGUGGAUCAUUUCACCAGCGCCAAGCAGGGGCCGAAUGUGACCGUCCGCCGGAGGGAUCUAACCGUCUAG